CCACGAGAAUACUGGGUGAGAUAUCCUAUCCAUAUCCUUCAUUACAAAACAAGCCACCGUAGCUAAAUCCCAGCCCACUAUCCCCUCGCCCUUUGCCGGAACUAAAUGGCGUUCUCGUCAGCCCUAUUCUCCGCAAGUCCACUCCGCUUCCACCCCAAAAGGCCCAGCCCAUUCCCCUCUCUCACCAACCCGACCCGCAAACCCCUCUCAGUCUCCGCCAUUUUCCCUCAAACAAUCGACCCCCUCGACACCACCACCAUCGCCGUCAUCGGCGGCAGCUCCGUCGCCGCCAUUGCCGCCGCGCUCUCUCUCACGGACCCGGAGAAGCGCCGCCAGCUACAAGCCGAAGAAGUAGGCGGCGGCGACAAGGAAGUCGUGCGAGAGUAUUUCAACAACAAUGGGUUUCAGAGGUGGAAGAAAAUAUACGGGGACACUGAUGAAGUUAAUAAGGUGCAGUUGGAUAUUAGAAUUGGACACGCGAAGACGGUGGAGAAUGUUAUGAAAAUGCUCACUGAUGAUGGGCCGUUGAGUGGUGUCACUGUUUGUGAUGCUGGUUGUGGUACUGGCUGUCUUUCGAUUCCGCUUGCUAAGGAGGGGGCUAUUGUGUCGGCAAGCGACAUUUCGGCUGCUAUGGUUUCUGAGGCUGAGAAACAGGCUAGAGACGAGCUCCUAAGCGGGGAUGGCAAACUGUCACCAGCACCUGUUCUUCCAAAAUUUGAGGUUAAGGAUUUGGAGAGCUUAGAUGGGAAGUAUCAUACAGUUGUAUGUCUCGAUGUUUUGAUACAUUACCCACAAAAUAAAGCAGAUGCGAUGAUUGCCCAUCUUGCCUCAUUGGCUGAGAAACGUUUGAUUUUAAGUUUUGCUCCAAAAACAUUUUAUUAUGACACGCUGAAGCGGAUUGGGGAGUUAUUUCCAGGUCCUUCCAAGGCAACAAGGGCAUAUCUUCAUUCAGAAGCAGAUGUUGAAAGGGCAUUGCGAAAGGUUGGAUGGAAAAUAAACAAGAGAGGUCUAACUACUACUAACUUUUAUUUUUCAAAGAUCUUUGAGGCUGUCCCUGUAUAGCAAGAGCAGAUGAAAUGUUGAAACUGAAACCACUAGUCUAUCCUCGUAAAAUCUUAAAAUUCCACAAGAACUUGUAGAGCUCCAGUUCAUGUAUAUGUGCUUAUACCCUCUGCGUAGUGUAUAUCAGAUUCGGUGGUCAUGUAUCUAUGAUUUUUUUUCAGAA